AUGUCAUCUCAACGACGGAAAGCAUUUACAAUUGAGGAGAAAGGUGCAAUAAUAUGCAGAUUAGAAAAUGGAGAAUCUAACUCAUGUCUCGCAAAGGAAUUUGGCGUGGGUCAUUCGACAAUUUCAAUGAUUUUUAAAAACAAGAACCGCAUUAAGCAGUCGUUCAAUUCAAAUGUUUUGAAACCGAAGAGACUUCGAAAAUCACGACAAGAAAAUGUUGAUCAAGCAUUAAUUCAGUGGUUUAAAAACAUGAGAAACAAAGGAAUUCCUGUCAGCGGCCCUGUGCUACAGGAAAAGGCAAAUGGUUUUGCCGCGCGUUUUGGUAAUCUCGACUCCAAUUUUUCUGCAAGCUGGAUCAGCCGUUUUAAAGUUCAACAUAACAUUGUGGCAGGAAAAAUUGUCGGUGAAUCAUCGUCUGUUGAUCAAAAUUCAACAAAAAACUGUGGACGUAAGUUGUCGAAAGAUAGAAUAACUGUCAUGGUAGCAGCUAAUAUGAGUAGCACAGAGAAAAAGAAAUUGCUCAUUAUUGGAAAGUCACAAAAACCAAGAUAUUUUAAAAGUGUCAAAUCAUUACCUGUCGAUUAUGCUAACAAUCGUAAAGCUUGGAUGACGUCAGAACUUUUUGAAAAGUGGCUUCGUGAUUGGGAUCGUGAUUUGGUGAAGAAGAAGAAAAAGAUUCUAUUGCUGUCUAUAACACUUGCUUUCCUUCCGCCGAAUACAACAUCAGUACUACAGCCAAUGGAUCAGGGAAUAAUACGAUCACUCAAAACGAAUUUCAGGAAGAACCUUGUGCUCAAAAUGAUUAAUUGUCUUGAUGCCUGGAAUAAAAUGUCACAAAGUACCAUUCAUAACUGUUUCAAACAUGCAGGAUUCAUUGAAAACCACGACGGUUUACCUAUUCAAAUAUCAGACCAUGAAUUCGGUGAAGGAGAUGACAUUCCUUUAUCUUUGUGGUCACGAAACCUACAUUCAGAUUCUUUAGCAGCACCGGAAAUGUGGGAAGAUUAUGUUGACAUCGAUAGUGCUCUCCUCACAUCCGAAGAACCCACCGAUGAAAAUAUCGUACAGAACAUUUGUGCUAAGGAACAACUCGAAAGUGAUGGGGAAGAAGAAGUCGAGGAAGAACCAUUACCUACCGCAGAAGAGGCAUUAAAAGCUGCAGAAUUAUUAUCACGAUUUGUUCACAGCAAUAUUGAAAAUGAUAAUUUGGCCAUAGCUAUGUCUUCUAUACACAAUAGCAUUAGAGAUUGUUUAUACAAUAAAAUGAAAAAACAAAAGCAGACAAAAAUUACAGAUUACUUACAAUAA